GACCUCGAGGUUGUACUCGUGUUCCUUCUCGUCCUCGAGUUCCUCGAUGGUCGGCGUGCGCGGGCGUCUGGCGGGAGGAGUGAACUUGUUGCCCUCGUCGGUCAUCUUGAGGUCCUCAGGUCGGGCGACGGUGUGCCUGGGACCCUCCUCACUGUCUGCUCCAACAGAGCCCCUCUCCAGCAAGAGAAUGAGAGGAUGCACCCCAAGCAUCACCCUCAGCCCCGACUGCUCCUCCACCUGCCUCAAAGCAGCGAUCAGCUCCGGCACGCUGAAGCCGCCCAUCUCCGAGGCAUCCUCCCUCCCCUGUCCCUCUGCUCCUCCGCCGCUGCUGCCCGCCGCUUCCGCCUGCUUGCCCUUGCCCAGAUCGGUGGCAACAACGUUCCUUCAGCUCGUCGCAGCGCUAGGUUCAUCCGCCGCGCCGUCCGUGCCGAAGACCGACUCCGCAUCCUUGAUGAGGGACAGAACACUCUUCGUGUCGGAGAUGGCCUGCGAGAUGACUGAGGUCGAGUCGAGGCCGGCGUCAGACAUGCUGUGUAUUGAUAUUGUAAGUGAAUUAUUUCUUGAUGAUGGUGGUUUGGAAAGAAGAGGGGCAGUGAGAAGAGCGCGCUGUUGUUUAGGGCGGUCCCUAUCCGACUCGCAGCUGCU